AUGCCCUACACUGGGCUCUGCCACUGCUGGGGCAGCCGAGUGCUGCCCCUGCUGCUAACCUACAUCUGCUACCUGCUGCUCGGAGCCACUGUCUUCCAGAUGCUGGAGAAGCAGGCAGAGGCUCAGUCCAGGGAUCAAUUUCAGUUUAAGAAGCUGCGCUUCCUGAAGAACUACACCUGCCUGGACCAGCGGGCUCUGGAGCAGUUUGUGCAGGUCAUCAUGGAAGCCUGGGUGAAGGGCGUCAACCCCAAAGGCAACUCCACCAACCGCAGCAACUGGGACUUCGGCAGCAGUUUCUUCUUUGCAGGCACAGUUGUCACCACCAUAGGAUAUGGGAAUCUGGCACCCAGCACAGACGCAGGCCAGGUCUUCUGUGUCUUCUAUGCCCUGGUGGGUAUCCCACUCAACGUGAUCUUCCUCAACCACCUGGGCACAGGGCUGCGUGCCCACCUGACCACCCUCGAGAGGUGGGAGGACCAGCCCAGACGCUUCCAGCUAUUGCAGGUCCUGGGCCUGGCUCUGUUCCUGACCCUGGGGACUCUGGUCAUUCUCGUCUUCCCGCCCAUGGUCUUCAGCCACGUGGAGGGCUGGAGUUUCACUGAGGGUUUCUACUUUGCCUUCAUCACUCUCAGCACCAUCGGCUUCGGGGACUAUGUUGUUGGCACAGACCCCAGCAAGCACUACAUCUCGGUGUACCGGAGCCUGGCAGCCAUCUGGAUCCUCCUGGGCCUGGCAUGGCUGGCUCUGGUCCUCCCAUUAGGUCCCCUGCUUCUGCACAGGUGCUCCCAGCUCUGGCUGCUCAGCAGGGACCUUGGCCUCAAGGAAGAGGGAGUCCCUGAGACCAACGGGCUCUCCAGAUCUCAGAAGAUCCCAAUCUCUGCAUGA